AUGGCUACUUCAGAAGCAGGCGCUGGCUCCAGGGCCAAGUCGACAGCUCAUACCACGUCGCGCGACACUCUCACGGAGAGAAAGUCACAUGAUUCCUUGAAUGCUAAACAUGGUUCCGACCUGGACGUUCCUCACCUUGCGGACGAGACUGACGAAAUCGACAAAGUGCUAAACUGUUUGCGAGAUAUGACCACUUCUCAGUCGCGCAGUUUCCCAGAUGAGAAACCACGCGAGUACCAGCUGUCCAAGGAGUCCUGGUUCAAAUUCUCUACGGAUCCUUUUGUCGAAUCUUGCCGAGAAGAGCACAAAUUCAGAAUUUCGUACGACGCCUACAGAUCCGUCCUCACUGUCUUCCCAAUGCCAGGUGCAAUACACCGUGGUCUUCAGGCCUGGGCCCAAAAAGUCGCAAUCUUCAGCUCAACCACGUGGCCUCCCGAAAUACGCGACCGACAUUAUGUGCAAAUUGGGGCCGACGUGACCUGCAUGGAAGAAGGAGAUUACAAAUGUUCGGAAAAAGACCCAGACAUUGAUAUUGCGUGGACGGAUGACGAAGGAGACCUCGAUUCGCACACCGUUGUGGAGAUUGGCGUUUCUCAAACCCUCCAAAGUCUUCAUCACGUCCGAGAUUUGUACUUGAUGGGGAACCGACAUAUCCACAGAGUCAUUCUACUCAAAGUAGAAGAGACUCCAAGAUUCAAGGGCGCCAGACUGAUGGACAUCGACUUCAAGAGAUGGGAGGAAUCUCUGCGAAGAGAUUACAGAAUGAGUUCGGUUCAAGGACCACUCUACUGUCAGGAUGUCUUGUGCGUGGGGGCCAUCAAGGUUUUCUGCGAGGUUUGGGAACGGAAUCCGCGGACCGGACAGGUGUUGCAGGUGUUCGGGGAUCAAAUCAUCCCAUUCUCAGAGGAUCGUCAGCUCCCAAUCCCUUUCUUCAGACUACCCCCUGAAAUUGGUACCGCCAUCGAGCCCAUUACAAUCAAGCCUGCAGACGUCGAGGACCUCUCACGUAGGCUUUUGAGACCGAUGAUCCGGCAGCAGGCGACGAAGCGAAUAAUGGUGGCUGCAGACUCCAAAAGAAUUGCAGAUCAGGAGGAACUCGAACUCGCCACUCAGAAAGAUGAGGCGCAGAGAUUGAGAGACGAGGAAAACUAGGCACGGGACGAUCGCCGCAGAGACCGUUCAAGACUACGACGCGAACUGGUCUAAUGUACGUAGUUG